GAGUAAAUAUAAACAAAUAAACAAUGUAGUGCGAUUAAAAACCGGUUGAAAAAUGUAAAAUUAUAAUUAAAAGGAUUAAAAGUCGUGUUUUAAAGUAUUUUUUAACUCAAAAAUGUUAUUAAAAUUGUGAAUUAUUUCAUAUAUGUGUGUUAAAUUUUAUUCUUAAAAAAAAUUUGCAAUUUGGAGGUUAGAAUUAUAAACAAGUUUAUAUUAACAAUAGAGAAAAAUAAUGUCUUUCUCCAAGCAAUUAUCUUUAUUUUUAACUGAUUUAAAAAAUGGAAAACUCACUAAUAAAAAGAUUGCUAUAGACAAUAUAUUGAGUUUAUACGAAAAUCCAGAAGUCAUCAAAGAAAUUAGUUUUAAUACUGUCGAAGAUAUAGCUGACAGUGUAACAUGGAAUCAAAUAAUGAACAUUGUUCAACAAAUAAUAAUCGAUGAGGGUAUGGGAAAAGCGGUUGGUAAUAAAACAAAAAUAAGUAAUUUGGCGCAACAAACAUUUGAAAAUUCAAAUAUGAUGUUGACAAAAAUGGAUUUUUCAUCAAUUGUUUCGGAAAUAUUGGAUAAAGAAAUAUAUACCUAUUGUCAUCAUAUUUAUUUAAAAGCAUUGCGAGUCAAUAUUCUUCCUGUUUAUGCUUGUCGUAUUCGUUUUUCAUCGGAAAAUUGGCAAAAUUUAUUACGUGUUUGUGUUAAUCUUUAUCCAAAUCAAACAUCAUUCAGAGGCAAGGGUCUAUUGUUGAAAACAAUUUUAUCCAUUAUUGAAUACGGCUGUUUGGAAUCUCAUAUGACAUUAGUUUUGAAAAAAUUUCUUCCAAUUUUGGAAGAAAUUUUCAGAAGCGCCAAAUCUAAUGAAACAUUAGCAGCAACAACUUUUCAAUUGGCAACAAAAGUAUGUCGACAAAUUGCAAUUGACGGUCGUUUAGAAUUAUGUGAUUUUGGCGAAAAAAUCUUGCCAAAUAUUGUAUUUCUCGAGGGACGAACAGAAAAAUUUAUUUUAUUUCUUAUUUUAAUUGAAGCACACAAUCCAAAUGGUGUAACAUUUAUGAAUCCAGUUUUUUACGCUCGAAAUAUAAAAGAAUGGCAACAUAUUUUGGAAAAUAUGUUUUCAAUGAUUGUUAAAGAAUCACGUGCUGAAAUAUUAUCCUUGCCCUUCAUUCAUUUUGCAUCAGCAGUUUUUCGACAAAUUAACAAACUUCCAAAAAAUGAUCAAUCAACAAUUUUUAAUUCUGAAUACGAUGGCGAAUAUGUUCAUUCAACAAAAAAACGUCGUCUUAAUGUAAAAAGUGGAAUUCUCAUCAAUACAAUAAAUCAAAAUGAAAUAAAACUUGCUUGGCCAAUGAUACAAAUUUUAGCCAAUGUUCUUGAAAAAUAUCCCGAUACAUUUGAUUCAAAUGAAUUCAUUGAAUUAAUAGGUAUUGUAAAAAAAUUUUUUUCCAAAUUAUCCGAAAAUCAAUUUAUUCUCAAUAGCCUUUGUCAAUUGACAAUCGUUAUGUUACCAAUAAAUGAGAAAUUUAUUGAAAAAAUUGAUUAUAUUGAUGAUAAAAAUUUGGACAGUGAAAUUUUAUAUUCACUAUUACGUUGUAUGCAUUCAAUUGAAAAUGAUCAAUACAGUCAUGAAUUAAUUCAAUUAUUAAUUGAAAGAGGUAAAAUUAAAAAUUAUGAUAUACUUAUACGUGCAUUUGUAACACGUGCAAUGAAAUGGUCAAUUAAUAGUGUACGAACAUUAUUUUUACUUUGUCGUUAUACAACAAUACCAGAAAAAAUUUCAUCUCAAACCGAUGAAAUUCUCUCAACUGAACCAUUAAAACGACAACUAUGCAAAUGGGCUUUAAAUAUACCUUGGAAAUUAAAUUUCAUUGAAUUUCCAUUAAAUGAACUUAGUGAAAUUCUCUCAUAUUUUCCAUAUUUACAAUGGUGUAAGGAUUCGAAAUUAAAUAAAAAAUGUUCAAUUCCAAUACGUUAUGAAACAAGUCUUCUCAAUGAUAUCAAACAAAUAUCACUUUUUGAUAUAAAUAAUUGUCAUAUGUCACAAUUUUUGGAAAUUGAUUUAUUUGAUGAUUUAAAAAUAUCGCAGGAUAAAAUUGUUAAGGGCAAAUUUUCACAAUUAUGGAAAAAAGAUGAUUUGGAUUUUAUUAUUUCUGAACUUUGUAAUUUUCUUCAAGAUAAUGUGAAUUUUUCCACAAUUGCCAAUUGUGUGAUUAAAAAUAUGAUUGUUGGAAAAACAAUUUCUGAUAUGAAUUUCGAGGAUAAUUGUCUUUAUGAUAAAAUUCAUGAUUCAUUAAUGGAAAUUUUCAAUUUUUUAGAAACAAUUGACUUUUCAAAAUAUCGUUUAGCAGAUGUGGAAAUAAUUUUAAAUGCAUUGAGUGCUUUUUUUGAAACUACAUAUAAUAAUAAAGUUAGUGAAAUAAUAUUAUCAUGUAUCAGUCAAAAAUCAUUGAGCAAUAUUUAUUGUAUUUUAACAAUUGAACAAUUUUCCAUUCAAGAAGCAUCAAUGUUUCCAUGUCCAAAUAUUAAUGAGACAAUUAGUGCUGAUUUUCCCAUUGAAUUGCCAUUAGUUGAACUUCCAAAGGAGACAAUUCUCAAAUUACGUGUAACAAGAACAUUAAAAAAUUAUGCAUCACUUACUGUUAAUUCAAAAAUGAAUGAAAUACAAGAGGAAUUAAUUAGAAGUCUUAUUGGAAAUAAUAUCACUGAAAUGUCAACAAAUAUUGAUAUUAAAAUUGCUACAAUUAUUUUAGAAAUAAUAACACGUGAUAUUAUUAUACAGGAAGAUAUUUUAGAAUAUCUUAUUGAAUAUUUAUUACUUUUAUUUUCAACAUUUUAUCGUAAUCCAAAAAUUGUUCGUUAUAUUUUAAAAAUAUUACCAAUAUUCUAUAAACAAGUGACGAAAAUUGAAUUAUUCUCAGAGAAAUUUCAAUCGAUUCUAUUGGAAAUUGAUAGAAAUAUUAAAAAAGAAAUGUAUGGUACAAUGGUGCAUUGGGAUUUUUUGAAAUGUAUGGGAAAAAUGUUUGAAAUUGAUGUUACAUUUAAAAGUUUAUCGCAAGAUAUUUCAAUGAUUGAAUUAAUUCUUAAUUAUGUGGAUAAUCCAUUUUUUAUUGUACGCCUUGAAAUGGCACGUUGUGUUUAUAGAAUUUUUUCAUCAUUUAAAAUUGAUAUUACAUUAAAAAGACAAUUCUAUGAGAAAUUAAUGACAAUUAUUAAUCGAGAUGAAUUAGAAAAAAAAGAUGAAAAACUUAUAAGUACACUUUAUAUAAUUGCAGCAAUUUUAAGUGGUUGUAAUAAUUUUCAAUAUCAAAUUCUCACAAUAUUAUUACAAUUUCAUAUUAAACAACAAGUGUCAAUUGAAAUGAUAAGAAAAAUUUUAAAAAUUGGAAAUUGUUCUUUUGAACAAAAUCUUGAUUUUCUUCUACUUGAAUGGUGUUCAGAAAAAUCAAUUGAUACAUUUCCAUGGUCAAUUAUUGAAUCAUCGCCAUCAUCAUCAUUUUCUGAACAAAUGCAUAUUCCUAUUAUUAAACAAAAUAUUGUGGAAGUAAUGAAAAUUUGUGAUAAAUUCAAUCUCAAUUUCCAAGAAGAAUAUAAAAAAUCGUUUCCUAAACUUUUUGCCUGGUUAUUAUUUUAUAUGGCAAAACAAGAAAUGUGGUCAGAAAAAAUGUUUGAAGAAUUAAAAAAUAAUAGAGGAAAUUUUAAAAAUGUCAAUUGUAAAUUUGAAGAAAUUGUUAAUGAAACUUUGGAACAAUUAAUAGUGAAUUUAAUUCAAUGUCUAGAUGAUGAGGAAGAUUUUUUGAAACAUUUUCAUGUGAAUAUCACAUUUCCCGCAUCAAUUCCAAUGAGAUUAAAAACAGUGGAUUUAGAAAAAUGUUUUCAAUUUCUUGAAAAUGAAUUAUUUAAUGGAGAUAAUUUAAUUUAUUAUUUAAUAAAUGAAAAGAGAAAUAUUUUACAAAAAAUUCUCAUGACAUUGACUUGUAAAAUUUAUGAGACAAAUGAUAAUAAUAAAUUAAAAGUAUUUUAUCAAUAUGUGUAUUUUUGUACACUAAUAAUGAAAGAAUUGAAGAAAACUUAUUUCAAUGAUAUGGCAAUUUUUGUAAUUCGCGAUAUUUCCUAUACGCUGUUACAUUUAAUGAAAAAUGAAAAACUUGUUGAAUUUGCCUGUCAAUAUUUUCAUGAAUUUUUAAUUGAAAUUCUACCUGAAAGAUCGAAUGGUAUUAAGGAAUUUUUUGUCUUUAUUGUACGAACAUUAACACCACUUGCAAUUAAUGAAAUAUCAAUUGCACUUGAAACAUUACAUUUUUUAAUUGUUGAACAAAAACAUGUGUUUAGUGAUGUUAUUAAAAAAUUGAAUUCAUUUCCAAAAAUCGAAUGUUUUAGAGAAAUUUAUACUAUUCAUGAGAGUUUAAAAGUAAAAUUAACAUUGUCAAGUGAAAUUGAAGAUUUUUUGAAUGUCACCGAGGAAAUUAAUUUACCAAGUAAUGCCAGUAGUCUUUUAUUGUUAAAAGGAAAACUCAUAACAAAAAAGAAGGAAUUAAAUGAUUUAUAUAAAAAUUUGGAGAAUUUACGUGGUUUUGCCGAGGAUUCAGCUUCAAGUGUUGUUCAUCAAUUAAUUUAUCGUCUUGUAAAAUUAACCGAAUCAUCAGAUACAAACAUUUCUCAAGAAGCAGUCAAAUGCCUUGGUAUUCUUGGUCCUGGCGAUUUAACAACAAUGAUUUUACAUCAAGAGAAAAUUGAAAUUAAAGAAUCAACCGAUAAAAUUGAAACACUCACAUAUAAAAUAUUAAUUUUUCUCUCAAAUUAUAUAAUUGAUGAGGAUAUUGAAUUGAGAAAAUCAAGUACAAUUGCACUUUACGCAGUUGUUAAUUCAUCAUGGGGAAAAAAGCUUUUAAAUCAAAAAUAUCUUGAGGAAUUUGAAAAUAAUUUAAAUAAAAAAGAAAGUCGACUUUCUAUUGAAAGAAUAAAACCAUUUUUAAUUAAUGAAAAAUUAAUGAAAAAUCGCAUUGCAAUUGAAAGGGGAAAAUUUCGUAAAUUAUGUAAUCCCAAUAAUUGUCUAUGGAAUAAUCAAUUGAAUCAAUCGUAUUUCAAUUGGAUAAGUAAAUUUAGUUGUUCAAUUGCAGAGAUAUUUUGUAAUUUUUAUUUGGAAAAUUUAAUACCAAUAUUUCAAAAUAGUUUACAAUUUUGUGAGGAAAUACUUUAUCGUAUUGUUAAUAUUAUUAUACGUGAUGAUACAACAUUGGCGUAUGAUUUUUGUAAUUGUAUUAAUAAAUUUUUUCAAUCCAAUUCCAAUAAUUGUGUGGGACAAAAAUUAUGUAAUCAAGAUUCAUUGAGAUAUAUGUUGAAUUUAGUGAAUUUUCUACGUAUUCAAGAUGAUUCAGUUCAAUUGAAAUUUGAUUAUUUACCAAUUGCAAAAGCAGCACAAUUUUGUUCGGCGUAUUUCACAUCAAUUUUAUAUGUUGAAUUGUGGUGUGAAAAUUUUUUAAAUGGAAAACGUAAUAUUGAAAAUUCAUUGUUAAUUGAUAGGAUUUAUAAUAAAAAUCAAAUAGAGGGAAAAAUUUGCAAGGAUAUAAUACGUGAAGCGAGUAUUAAAAUUGGUGAUCCAGAUGCUGUUUUUGGUUGUGGUACAGAUCAUUUAAAAGAUCGUAAUGCAAGAUUACAAUAUUUAUCUGAUCUUCAACAAAUGGAUCAAAUGGUGAUAUUGGAGGAUUCAAAAUUAACGAAUGGAAAUGAUUCUAUUAAUGGUAUGAUGGAUGUUUUAAAAAAUUCUGGUUAUCAAUUUCUUUUGAGUCAAUUUAUAAAAAAUACAGCAAAAAAUACGUCGGAAAUUGAUGAUUUUCAAUAUGAAUGCGCAUGGCGUCUUGGAAAUUGGAAUUUAAUUAAUUCGAAUUCAGAAAAUCAAGAAAAUGAUUUGAAUAGGAAUAAAUUUUCUUACUAUCAUUACAAAUGUUUAAAGUCUUUUCACGAAAAUGAUUCUUUGAUAUUAAAUUCCUCUCUUGAAUCCGCACGCUCAAUUAUCAUUAAAGAUUUACGAAACAUCAGUUCUGAAAGUUGUAAAGCAGUUUAUCCGAGUUUAUCAAAAUUGCGAAUGCUUCAAGAAAUUGAGGAAUUAAGUUCAACUGAAGCGGAAAAUUAUGAAAAAAUCAUCACCGAUUGGAAAUCACAGGAUUAUAUUCGACACGGUGAAUUUCAAUACAUUGAACCACUUCUUUGGCAACGAAGUGUUUUAUGUAAAAUUCAAGAUUCUUUUAAAAAUAAUUCCAUUUUAAAAGACUCGCUUAUUGAAUUUUAUUUGGAAAUUGCGGAAAUUGCAUCGAAACAAGGAUUUCUCAAAGAAGCAUCACGAUCUUUAGGUACAUUGGCAAAGGAAAAUAAAUUAUCAAUUGAAAUUCGUAAUCAAUUACACUAUCAAGAAUCAUUAAUUGCCUGGUUAAAUAAGGAUGAAAGUUUAGCGCGUUCACUUUUACGACAAUUGAUAAAUCAAACAAAUAACAAUCAACGUCUUCAUGCGGAAUUAUUGCAUAUCUAUGGUAACUGGAUGACGGAAACACAAUCGGUGAAUCGUCAAAGAAUUAUAAAAAAAUAUUAUCUUGAGUCAAUAAAAACAUUUAUGAAAAUUGAUGAACCAUCGUCACAAGAUUUAUGUAAUUUAAAUAAUACACAAGCGGCAUUGGCGCGUUUUGCCGAUGUUCAUUAUCGACAAUUAAAGAAUUAUAUGCAGUCAAGUGAAUUUGAUAGUAUGAGAAAAAUUGCCGAAUUAUCAUUGGAUACAAAUAGACACGAUUUUGCAAUACAAGAUCGUGACGUGAGAAUUGCAGUUGCAAAAAAUAAAAAACAAACUGUUAUCGAUCAAUUGUCACUCGAGGAAACUGAAAAGGAGAAGAAUUAUUAUCUUACCCUUGCUUUAGAAUUUUACGUGAAAACGUUGCAACAAAGCGAGGAGCAUAAUUUUAUUAUUUUUCGUGUUGUUUCUUUAUGGCUUGACAAUAUUGGACUAACGAAAUUAAAUGAAAUUCUUGAUGAAUAUUUACCGACAAUUGCAACUUAUAAAUUUAUACAAAUGCUACCGCAAUUGGCUGCUCAUAUGAGCGAUGAGGAUGAUGAUUUUUCAGUGAAAAUUAAUAAUAUUUUAGAAAGAUGCGCACUUGAUCAUCCAUUUCAUGCAUUACCUGUUUUAUUGGCAUUAAAACAUUUAUAUGAAGAUUUAAAAUACACGACAAAAGGACAGAAACAUAAUAAAAUUGAGGCAAGAGUUGUUGGUGCAAUAAAAUUAUUGAAAAAACUUUCGAAAUCAAAUAAAAUUAGUAAUAUCGUUAGUGAAAUGGAACAAUUGUCACUUGCUUUGGUACAAUUGGCUUAUUUUAAAAUUGCCCUCGGAGCUCAGAAAUAUAAUAUUCCUCGUAAUCAAGAUAUUUUGAGAGUGAAAAAUUUUGAAAAUGCAAUUGUACCAACUAUUACAUUGGAUGUGAGAGCAAAUAAAAAUUACGAUGAUGUAAUUGGUGUUAGUAAAUAUUUAAAUACAUUUGAAACUGUUGGCGGAAUAAAUGCGCCAAAGAAAAUUAUUUGUAUUGGAACUGAUGGAAUUCAAAGAAUACAAUUGGUUAAAGGUCAAGAUGAUCUUAGACAGGAUGCAGUAAUGCAACAAGUAUUUUCCGUUAUGAAUUUAUUGCUGAAGACGAGAAAGGAAACGAAACAGAGAAAAUUAGUUGUUAGAACUUACAAGGUGGUACCAUUAACACAAAGAUCGGGUAUUUUAGAAUGGUGUGAAAAUACAAUGCCAAUUCAGGAAAUUUUACUCGGUAGAGGUAAAAAUGGAGGAAUUCAUAAAAAAUAUUAUCCGAAUGAUUAUCCAAUUGCAAAAUGUCGUGAAAUAAUGGAAGGUUCAUCGAAACGAUCGAAUGAUAUUAGACUGAAGGCAUAUAUGGAAUGCUGUAAACACAGAACUCCAUCUCUUCAUCAUUUUUUUACGGAAACUUAUUUAUCACCUGAGACUUGGUUCGAGAGAAGGCUUGCCUAUACUCGAAGUGUCGCCGUCACGUCUAUUGUUGGCUACAUUCUUGGUAUUGGUGAUCGACAUUUGUUAAAUAUUCUUCUUGAUAAAAUAACAGCGGAAGUGAUUCACAUUGAUUUCGGAAUAGCAUUCGAGCAAGGUAAAGUGUUACCAGUGCCGGAAUUAAUUCCAUUUCGAUUAACACGAGAUAUUGAAGUGGCAAUGGGAAUAUCGGGUGUCGAGGGUGUAAUGAGACGAUGUUGUGAACAAACAAUGAAAGUUCUUCGCGAACAAAAGGAAGUUAUUGUAACUCUUCUUCAAGUUCUUCUUUAUGAUCCUCUAUUCACAUGGGCAAUAACCCCAUCAUCAAUGUGUCGAAGCACUAAUUCUAUUGCAAUUCUCGAUAGUGAUUUGGAAAUAAAUAAAAUUGCCAAGAGAGCAUUGGUUCGAGUGCAACAAAAAUUAACCGGCAUGGAGGAAGCUCUUCCAUCAAGUAUCGAGGGACAAAUUGAAAGACUUCUUCAACAGGCGAGAGAUCCAGCAUUAUUAAGUCGAUUAUAUUUUGGAUGGCAAGCUUAUCUGUGAUUUCUAAUGUUAUAAACCAAAAAAAAAAAAAAACAAAAAAACAAA